AUGAGUCGGGUAACCCAGUCGGCUCUUUCUGCAACCCUUGCGACGGGAAGGUGCGGUCGGCUUUGGGCAAGGUCGUCAGUUCGUCAGAUGAUGCAGCUCACAUGAUUCGGGAGAGCGCCUCGCUCAAGGAGGGGAUCAAGAAGGUACACGAGGUGCAGAACUUGGACCCCGUUGAUCGUGGCUUCCCCGUGGCAGGGGUCAACGAGGAGAAGUAUAGGAACAUUGUUAUAUUUCGGGAGGUGUUGGGGUUGAACGCGAAAGAGGUCAAGGAUCUUACAGGCUGCACCCCCACCUUCUUGAAGUUAGACGCGUGCAUCAUGUGGAAUGACACUGGCAAGCCUGAGCCGCUCUUCCUGCUGCGUGAUGACUGGGGGGGUGACCUGACAAGAGACUACCGCAGGGUGCGGCUUGAGGUCGGGAAGGCCAUCAAGAUCCUGAAGCACAACUUGCUGCCCGAGGGCCACACCGUCGAGAUGAUGGCGGAGAUGCUGUGCGAGAAGAAUGUCACGAACGUCGACGAGGAGAUCUUCCAGGACCGCAGCGCCUCCAGCUUCCAGGCCAUCAGCGUCGUGAUGGACAGGGCAGGGAAGAAGGGGGCGAAGGCGAAGUUCACCAUUGGCUUCGAGGUCGCCAGCUAG